AUGCUGUCCGAGUCUUGCAGGCGCAGAGAGCUCGCGCCCACACCGCUCGCGGGACGCCGAAUUAUCGUGUCGGAAUGUCGCGCGAGGUUGGGAACCGUGUCUAGCUCAGACCCUCCUGCGGAGAGGCGGUACCCUCUGCGCUCGGAUACCGCUCGCGGGAGCUCGAAAAAUGGGGUCUGA